AUGACAGCAACAAAUAAUCUACCUCCAGAUGGGAGCUGGUCCUUCUACUCCUACAAGCCCGUCAAGGCCCUUCCUAUCAUCUUCGCCAUCUUCUUCCUCGUUUGCGGCAUAACCAUGAUCUAUCAGUGCCUCGCCAAAUAUGGAUGGAAACUCUACACAUACAUCAUGACCUUCACAUGCACCAUCUGGGUUGCAGGCUUCUGUUGCAGGAUGGCAUCGAUUUAUAACGACGAAAACCUUGGCCUCUUCGCCGCCCAAUAUGUUCUGCUAUUUCUGGGACCGCCGUGCUUUGCUGGCGCAGAAUACCUCGUACUCGGCCGCGUGCUGGCAUAUCUCCCUUACCACACGCCCAUCCAUCCGGGCAGAGUCAUUAGUACAUUCGUCUUUCUUGGAGUCGUCGUCGAAGCUCUCUCCGCCAACGGCGCAGCGGCCCUUACCGUUGCAAAGACCGCGGACAAGAGGAAUUCAGCCUUAACGCGUAUGCUAGCAGCUUUGAUCCUUCAGGCCGUGCUAGAAAUAUUCUUCUCCUCACUCGUCGCCCUAGUCGAGAUACGCUGUAGAAAGGCGAAAACAUUUCCACGCAACGUUCGAAUCGUCUGUUAUCUUCUCUACAUCACCAGUUUCAUGAUGCUAGUGCGCUGCAUCUUCCGGGUUGUCGAAGGGAUCGAGGUGAGGGAUUGUCUUGGAGUACCAAAUUGUGGAACAAUCAGCCAGAAGGAAUGGUUGUUUUAUGUCUUCGAAGUUGCCAACAUUUCCCUCUUUGUCCUGCUCUUGACUAUCUUCCCGCCAGGAAAAUACCUGCCACCAAAUGACAAGGUCUACCUUGAUCCACUGGAUGGAAGCGAGCGAGCUGGGCCUGGAUUUGCACAAGCUGACAGACGACCCUUCUGGCAAACCGUUAUGGAUCCGUUCAAUUUCCAGCUUUUAACCACAGGAUCUGGUGUGGCUGUGGAAAAGUUCUGGGAGGGUGAUAAUCCAGUGUACACUAGAGAUGGAGUUGUUCCAAAGCAAAAUAGCCGAGGGUAG